UCAACCCGCUAUGGUCUCAGCAGCGGCGGCUUAGGGAGUAGUGCUAGACCACUGUGUUGUGUAGGAACAAGCACGACAUAGCUGAAAACCGCUAGCGGAACAAAUGAAAACGAAAACCACUGUUUCGUUUGGAUUUAUUCAGGGGCGAGACACUCAGUCGAAGCGAGAAGCUCUUUAAGAAAAUUUUGACCGAUUGACGAGGAUUGGGACAUUAGCUACUGGACGAUAACACCGCCGAAUGGUUUCUGUUGCCCCGCCGCUAAGGUUGCUGGCUAAGACAAACAGCCAAUAAUGCACGGCAUCUGCUCUGGAACCACACCCACUUCCUGCCUGUAGAGGAAGCGGCUGUGCCAGCAUGUCCUCUCAUCCCCAGUCUGUGCCGUCGGUUCGGAGGACUGUGGACACACGGCACCUGCCAAACCCCGCCACUCUACCACUGCAGCUUCAGCGGGCACACACGGAAGUGGGACUGGUUGACUACCACUCUCAUCAUGCCAGGGACUACAGCUGCCACCUGGCCCAGCCGCAUCGCCGCCGGCCCUCCUUACUUUCAGAGUUUCAGCCUGGGAGUGAGAGAGGACAAGAGCAGCAUAUCCGCUAUGAGAGCAUCUACCUGCCAGAGCCCAGCAGCCAAUCAGAGGUGGAGUAUGCAGAGAUCAAACGGCCUCGUUUGGAGAUGGGACCAGAGUCUCUGAUGAGGCCUUCAUGCCACCGGCCACAAUUGCCUCUGGGAGCGGCGGAGGAUAUGGCAAAGGAUCGGGGAAGCACCAUGGGGAAACUGGAGCCUAUCUCCCCUGUGAGCCCAGUCCACAUGGACCCUGAAUUGGAUCUGGUGCCGGCUCGCUUCUCCAAGGAGGAGCUGAUCCAGAACAUGGACCGUGUGGACAGGGAGAUCACUAUGGUGGAGCAGCAGAUCUGCAAGCUUCGCAAGAAACAGCAACAGCUGGAGGAGGAGGCCGCAAAGCCCCAUGAGCCAGAGCGGCCCAUUUCACCGCCACCCAGCGAGGCCAAGCACCGCAGCCUGGUGCAGAUCAUCUAUGAUGAGAACAGGAAAAAGGCAGAAGAGGCUCACAGGAUACUGGAGGGACUCGGACCCAGAGUAGAACUGCCUCUGUACAAUCAGCCUUCUGACACCAAGCAGUACCAUGAGAACAUCAAAAUAAACCAGGCAAUGAGGAAGAAGCUCAUCUUAUACUUCAAGAGGAGAAAUCAUGCUCGUAAGCAGUGGGAACAGAAAUUUUGCCAGCGCUAUGACCAGCUGAUGGAAGCCUGGGAGAAGAAGGUGGAGCGCAUCGAAAACAACCCGCGGCGCCGAGCCAAGGAGAGCAAGGUGCGGGAGUACUACGAGAAACAGUUCCCAGAGAUCCGCAAGCAAAGAGAGCUGCAGGAGCGCAUGCAGAGCCGCGUUGGGCAGCGAGGAGGUGGGCUGACUUCGUCUGCAGCUCGCAGUGAACAUGAGGUCUCAGAGAUCAUUGAUGGAAUAUCAGAGCAUGAGAACACAGAGAAGCAGAUGCGACAGCUGGCGGUCAUCCCUCCGAUGCUGUUUGAUGCUGAGCAGCAGCGCAUCAAGUUCAUCAACAUGAAUGGAUUGAUGGACGACCCCAUGAAGGUGUACAAGGACCGGCAGGUUAUGAACAUGUGGAGCGAGCAGGAGAAGGACACUUUCAGAGAGAAGUUCAUCCAACACCCCAAAAACUUUGGUCUGAUUGCGUCUUUCCUUGAGAGAAAGACGGUGGCAGAGUGUGUGCUCUUUUACUACCUGACCAAGAAGAAUGAGAACUAUAAGAACAUAGUGCGGAGGAACUACAGACGCCGAGGAAGAAGCCAGCACGGACAACAGCAGCAGCAGCAGCAACAAGUGCACCGGAACAGCCAGGAGGACAAGGAGAAGGAGGAGAAAGAGAAGGAGGGAGACAGGGAUGAAGAAAAAAAUGAAGCUGAAGACAAGGAGGAUGGAAUGAAGGAUGACACCUCUGGAGAAGAUGCUGAGGACAAAGAGCCCACUGUUGCUUUCAAGGGUCGACGCACAGCCAACAGCCAGGGGCGACGCAAGGGCCGCAUCACCCGCUCUAUGACCAGUGAAGUAGAGGAGACCACCACACCGCCGCUCAACAAUGAGCUCGCCAAUCUGGAGAUGAAUGAGAGCUCUCGCUGGACUGAAGAAGAGAUGGAAACUGCCAAAAAAGGCCUUCUCCAGUAUGGUAGGAAUUGGUCAGCCAUCGCCAAGAUGGUGGGAUCAAAAACUGUGUCACAGUGCAAGAACUUCUACUUCAACUACAAGAAGAGGCAGAAACUGGAUGAGAUUCUGCAGCAGCAUAAAAUGAAAUCGGAGAAGGAACGAAAGGCCCGUCGUAGGGGCAAAGCCCUGCAGAAUGAGGAGGCCACUGCUGCAUAUCCAGCAGAGGAGGAGGAGAUGGAGGGUUCAGGAGCCAGCGGCAAUGAGGAGGAGGCCCCUGAAGAUGGCGAAGGUGGAGCUAACAACAGCUCUGACACAGAGAGCUUGCCCUCACCACACUCAUCAGAGGACAGCAAGGCCAAGGAUGAAGGUUCGAGCAGGUCAAAGACCAGCUCCAACAGCGGGGACAAGGAGGCCACCGGGUCUGACUCGGGCCCAGCCGGGGAUGAGAAACCUCCGAUCAAGGAAGAUGCGGACUCGGCCAUCAAGCUUGAGAUAAAGACUGAGAUAGGGGAGCCCAGCAAAGAGCAGCCAACAUCAGCCAGCGAUGCCACAGAUAAAAAACCUGCUACAGCGGAGAUGGAGGAUGUCAAAAGCUCCACCAAGAGCUCCAAGAAGGACCAUGGGGCAAAAACAGGCUCCCAUGGUGACAGUGACUCUAGUGCCACCUGUAGUGCUGAUGAAGUGGAGGAGACAGAAAACACAGAUAAAAGCAGAAUGACGUCUCCACGGCCAAGCCUGCUAAACUACACUCACGAUGGGGUCAUAUCCUCCCCGCUGCAGAAGCCCAUGGACCUGAAACAGCUUAAACAGAGAGCUGCUGCCAUACCACCUAUUAUGCCAGAAGCCUCCAUGCAGAGCAGUCAGCGGAGUGGGGGCAGCAAGGCAGUUCUACCACCCCAUGCCCUGGCACUGUACCAGCAGCAGAUCACCAUGGCUCACGGGGAGUCCUCUCAGGAGGUCAAACAGCAACAGCAGCAGCUUUCAGGCCAGCCAGGCAAACAGCAGCAGCCUUACAACCCGCAGGCAGAGAGAGACAGGGAGGCUCUUCGUAGCAGCAGCCCUCGUGUUCGCCCACGCAGUCCCUCCACCAGCGACAAGGAUGAGCUGGAAGGCAACGAGAAGUGGUUACUGACUCUCCUGCAGGGAUUAAAAAAGUCCCGGGCAUUCUCUCCACACGGUGAUGCCAAGAAGCAGGCUAUGGACCCAGAUGACCUGAGGGCCUCCAACUUGGGUCGGCCAGUUCUCUCCCCCUACCCCAUGUCCCCACGAGACAUGGCCAAGAUCAGUCAUGACCAGCACCUGCUUCACUUCAACUCGUUCCAGCAACCAGGCCACCCCUCACUCCCGAGUCUGCCACAGGACAGUAGUAGGCUAGCAGCAGUGAGGCCCCUCAGCGGCAUGCCAGAACCACCUCCACUCAUUUCCUCAACUAAGCCCGGAGGCUCCAUCACACAGGGCACCCCAGUGCAGUUGCACAGCCCAGCUCAUGUGGUGGACCAUGGGAAGAUGCCCCCCACUCAGAUGGGCUUGUCUUGGAUGGAUCAGAGGAAAGUGGGAGGUCCUUUCCCCAUGGUAAAGCAAGAACAGUUGUCCCCUCGCAGCUCAUCCUCCCAAGCUGACAGCAUGUUAACUCAGGGAAUGCCUCAUGAAAGUGCUGCUGGACGUGCUUCUAUUCCUGCUGUUCAGGGGGGUAGUAUCACUAAGGGAAUCCCAGGGACCAGAAUGCAUCCAGAUUCCUCAAUCUCCUACCGUGGAGGCUCCAUUACUCAGGGGACACCAGCUGACGUGCUCUAUAAGGGAACCAUAACCCGUCUGAUCACAGAGGACAGUGCCAGCCGAGCUGAGAGGGAGCGGGACGAGGCACUGACCAAAGGUCAUGUGGUCUAUGAGGGCAUCAGCGGGCACAUCCUCACAUACGACCGUUCAGCUUCUCAGACUCCGAAAGAUGAAGGCAGAGGCUCCGGGCAGCCAGGGGAGGUUCUAGGUCUGAAGCGUCCAUAUGAUGUCAUGGAGGGAGGCAUCUCCAGAGGACUGCCUAUGAGAGAUUCACUGUCUGCUGAAGGUCUGAUUGGUCGAGCAAUGCCUCAUGACAGGGAGAGUCCACACCACAUGCCCUACAAGGACGCUCAACACAUCCGUGGUUCCAUCUCACAAGGUAUACCUCGUCAUCUGGACCCUCAGGAUGGCUACCUGAGGAGGGAGUCCAAACAGAUGAAGAGAGAGGGCUCCCCACUGCGUGGACCUGGUUUGCUCUCUGACCCAAUGAAGGGCAGAGAGGGCAUGGUGCCCACGGUGAAGGAGGCAGGCCGUUCUAUCCACCUCAUUCCGAGAGAGGAGCUCAGACCGCCCGGCAAGGAGACCAUCAUUUCACAGGGAACACCCAUGAAGCAGGAGGCAGCUGUUUCUGGGAAACGUCAUGAUGUCCGCUCCAUCAUAGCCAGUUCACCACGUUCCUACCACAACACACCCUCCCACCUUGAGAGGGGACGCUAUGAAGAGGCACCUAAAGGUCGGCCCAGUGCAGUGGUCAGUACAGCCAGCCCUAUAGCCCGCUCUUCUCCCCUUACACUGGGGUCAGAGCAGGGAGGCAAGGCCCAUCAUAGUCCAGUGGGCUACGAUGACAAAGGCAGUCUAAGGACCCCUUACCCUGGGCCCUCACAUCGUGGUUCCCCUCUGUCCAGGGAGGCAAGCCAAAGGCAGCAUGAUGGUUCCAGUAAGAAUCCGCCCCAGGAGCGUAAAGGCACACCAACCCCCAGGGAAAUGAGUGCUACCAAAUCACCUCUGCCUGGUGUUCCAGAUCAACAGACAUACGAGCGACUGCUGCAGGGACUUGGAGCUGCAGACGUGUACCGUCAAAUCCCCCUAGCCUUUGAUCCUGCAGCACUGCCCCGCGGCAUCCCCAUUGACCCAGCAGCCUACUACCUGCCUCGCCACCUAGCCCCUAACCCGGCGUACCCUCAUCCCUACCCCUACCUCAUCCGUGGUUUUCCUGAUACCGCGGCGCUGGAGAACCGCCAGACGCUGCUCAACGACUACAUCACAUCCCAGCAGAUGCACCAGUGGCCUGCAGCUGCUGCCAUGGCCGCCCAGCGCUCAGACCUGCUGAGGGGCCUCACUCCUCGAGACCAGCCCCUUCCUCUGCCCUACUCUGCAGCCCCACGUGGGAUCAUCGAUCUUUCUCAGGUGCCACACUUACCUGUCCUGGUCCCUCCCUCUGCAGGGGCAGCCGGCUCCCCAAUGGACCGCAUCACGUACAUCCCCGGGGGAAGCGCCACCUUCCCUGGCAGGCCUUACACCACCUCCCCCAUCUCACCUGUUGGGUCCUCGCACAUGAACAAGAUGCCAGGCUCAUCUUCAGAGCGAGACCGCGAACGAGACCGUGAACGUGACAGAGAGAGGGAGAGAGAACGAGAGAGAGACAGAGAGCGGGAGAGAGAGCGGGAGCGUGAAAGGGACAGAGAGAGAGAUCGUGAACGAGAACGGGAGCGAGACCGGGAAAGGGACCGGGACAGAGAGCGAGACAGAGACCGGGAACGUGACAGAGAGAAGGGCGGAUCACUUGGGAAUGUGGAGCACGCCCCCAUCUGGCGACCAGGUACAGAGCACAGCUUGGCAAGCAGCAGCAGUAGUGUGAGACCAUCUUCACAACCUUACAGCCACCAGCACUCGCCCGUGUCCCCUCGCACCCAGGAGAACGUGCAGCAGAGGCCGAGUGUCCUGCACAACACCGGGGGCAAGAGUCUUUCUGUCAGCGAACACUCCAGCUCCUCUGUGUUUCGGUCCAUGCCCUCAGGGCCGGCGCGCUACCAGGGUUACCCCGGUCCAAGAACAGGUGUGCCCCCUGAGGCCUACCCACCUGUCAUAGACUCAAGUAUGGCCAAAGAUCAGAGUCGUGAUGGAGGCAAAAACAGGGGAGGUCUACCCAAGCACAUGCAGGACCAACACGGGCCCUCCAGUAAAUCUGAUCCCAAGCUGUCCAGCUCCAGUCCAGGAGGAAUGUACCCAGGCUCCUAUCCCUCAGCUUCAGGCCGGCCGCCUCACCUGCUCCCUCCCCAGUCGGAUAACCCUCCUGGCCGUGGAGAAAGCGGUACACCUAGUAGGGAAAAGACUCAAAACAAACCGAUGUCCAUUCAGGAACAAGAGCUCCGAGCACUCGCUCCACAGAAGAUGGAGCCUCACAGUCUGUACCGUCCUCCGUCUGAGGAAAGACUGUCUCCAGGCCAGCAGCCACUGUCCCCCUGUGUUAAAGGCAGCCAGAGGGUGGUCACCCUGGCACAGCACAUCAGUGAGGUGAUAACUAAAGACUAUACCAGGCAGAGUCAGCAGCAGCAAAGCUACCAGGGCUCUCCUGUCCUGGACUUGACCCGUCCAUCCAGUGCCUCCCAGCCCCAACCCACCUCACAGGAUUCUGGCCAGGGGCCCCGAUACCCAGAGGGCCUUGUCGGAGAACGCAACAGAGACCGGUCUCCUCCUCAGCACAAGACCUCACCUAUAAGUGUUUCAAAUGAUGGCAUCGAACCAGUGUCUCCUGCUGGGGCCAACUCUGAGCCUGAAGUCCAGGGUGGGAUCUCCUACGCCAACGAGCAUGGAGAGCAGGGGAUGGGCUCCCGCUCCCCUCCCAAUGCCUCCCAGCCUCCAGCGUUCUUCAGCAAGUUGACGGAGAGCACGUCAGCUAUUGUGAAGUCAAAGAAACAGGAAAUGAUCAAGAAAAUGACCGUGUCAAAUGAGACUGAUUUCAAUUCUGGUCAGCCAGGAACAGAAAUCUUCAAUAUGCCAGCGUCUACUGCUGCAGGACCAGUGAGCGUCCGCACCCACCCAGCUCCAGAGACGCCUGGUAACUCAAUAGGCUUGGAGGCCAUCAUAAGAAAAGCCUUAAUGGGCAAAUACGAUGAUCAGUCUGAGGAGCGUCCUCCAUCCAGCGCUGCUAACCAGAUGGGCUCCAGUGUGUCUGGUAUGCCUGCAGCUGAAGGACGUGCUGAGGACUUUUUCUCUCAAGGUGGGGGAAAGUCCUCAAAGGGCAACGGGCGCUCUAAUGGAAGGAAGGCCAAAUCUCCAGGACCAGGCCUGUCGGGAGGGGAGAGACCGUCUUCUGUGUCCUCAGUCCACUCUGAGGGAGACUGCAACAGACGAACCCCUCUUACCAACCGCGUCUGGGAGGACCGGCCUUCAUCCACAGGUUCAACACCAACUCCAUACCCGUGUAACCCAUUGAUAAUGCGUAUCCCCAGCGGGACGGUGUCCGCUCCCUCCCCCUCCUCUGGCCAGCCAGGGGCCCCGGGUUUAGGGCCAGGACAGGGCCGGUCCUGGGAGGAUGAGCCCAAGCCUCUGCUCAUGUCUCAGUACGAGACCCUGUCUGACAGUGAGUGACCCGAGAGUCUUUCGUACCACAGGAACCGUUAACAGUCAACCAACUCUGCUGCUGCAGCCACACACACACACACACCUGCUGAGGCAUCUGCAAACCUACACCCACCAUUCCACUCUGCAUUUCCUCCUUCAGUCAUCAAGCAAAUAUUCUCCAAACCUCCUGUCACACACCUGAGACACCACACAGGACGGGCAUGAAGACUGCUGCUCUCUGUGUGUGUGUGUGUGUGUGUAUGUGUAUGUGUGUGCGCGCAUGUGUGUUUGCACUUAUGUGUUAUGCAUUCACUCCAGGACUGCUCUAAAGGACAAAUCACUUUCUUCUUUUGUUUUUUUUUUUAUUUUUUAUUUUUUAUCUUUACUACUUUUCCUCACUGGCCUUAUCAGUACAGACACAUUGUCGUGCACCUUUUGAGUGCAGCGCCCUGAUGUGCUGACAGUUGUGUUGACGGGACUCUGAGGCUGGUUCUGGUCAGGAGCUGAAUGAUGGCUGCUCUAGUGACAGAUUUGGAUCUGACCUUAGUGCAGCGGCCCGCACAGUGAUGACCCUCUCGCAUUUCUUCACGGUGAACUCCAGGUGCAGGCGGCCUGUGCACUGCUGCCACAAUAUGUGUGAGGUCACAGGAGGAGAAUCAACAUCUUGCUUUCCUUAUUUUGGUUAUUUUGCUCCUUUAAAUUCAGUCCAGUCCUGUGUUUGAAACGUGAGUUGAGACCUUUGGUAUACUUUGAUGGUGAACUUUUGAUGGUGUCAUUUGUUGUCUAUUAUCUGCAAUGAUGUAUCUUUUUUGGGGUGGGGGGCAGACAUUGUUAUGCGGGAGGGUCAUAUCAUUGGUUUACAGGGUAAACAUGCUGUUCAUUGCUGAUGUCAUAUAUUAGGGAGGGUCCUGAGGAACGGCGAAGGCCUGUUGACUUCAGGCAUCCAUGCAGGGAGAUGAUUUGCCAGAUGGAUGGCACUGAAACAAGUGACACUUUCUCACUGUUUUUAUAUUAACUAUGUCCGUGUUUGUUGGAUAUUAAGCACUUAGUUGUUAAUCUGUUCACAAUGGCAUUUCUAAGAAUCUGUGUUUCCUGGGGCAGGUGAAAAAAUCGACUCCUAAACAGCAUAGAAACUCCACUGUGGCAGGAUCCUUUAACACCUCUGUUUAGUUUUGUCUUUAUCGCUCCAACACCCCAGCGACAAUCACAUUUGCGCAAACGAAGACUCCCCCGCUUUGAGCAGAUGCAGACCAACCUUAAAGCUGCUUAAAGGCAAACUCAUCAGCAUCACUUGGGGUUUGUUUGCAUUUAGGACAAAAAAAGGCCAUCUGUCUAUGACCCUCGGUCCAUGUCGGCGUCAGCUGACCUGCAUAAAUCCCAUCUGGAAACUGUUGUGACGGUGUAACCUCUGACCUUUCACUACCUAGAGGAGGAGCAGAGACCCAACUCCUCAUCCAGGCAGGUUUUGUACAGUUAUGAGAUAUUCCUAGUGUAAAGUGCCAUUUAUUUUACAUAUACAGUACUGAAGUUACUAAGUGACGCACAAUUUUCUUUUAGCCCCCCUUGACAGGGUUUAUACUGUCCACGCAGGGAAAUUAAAAAAAAAACAAACUAAAAAGCAAAUGAAACGUCCUCUUUUUUAAAAAAAUUUGUGUGCAUUUUUUCUUUUCUUCCAAAUCCAUCAUAGCCUUGGUUUUUAACUGUUUGACGCAUGACUUUUUUUUUUUUUUUUUAAACAAGCUGUAUCACAGGAUAGCUACAAACAUUUCCUUCUCUACAGGACCGAUGACAUACUUCAAGUGUCCUUCAUUGCAUCCCCCCGGUCAGAGGAGGUCGAGGGGAAAGCAUUCGAAAGCACUCUGGUAGUUGUGUGUAACAUUACUUGACAUGUUCUCACAUUUUUGCCGCAGUAUUUCUGAGGUCACCCUCUCUGUAAACGGUGUGAAAUGUUUCCAGCUUGUGAGGGCUGUCCUCUGAGUACUCUGCUUUGAGCUAGUUUGGUGGUUUAGAAAGACACACCUCUCUAUUUGUAGUCUCAACACAAGCAUGACUGUUAUAGGACUACCUCCUCUCCCUCCUUGACUCAUUCAGCAUGCCACACCUGCAGAAAGCUCAGCCAUGUUUUUGGACUUCUCUAUCAGGUCUGAUGUUGGGCUGAGAGAAAAAUACAGCCAGACUAUGUUCAUCAGUCUCUUUGCGUGUAUAUCAUUUUUCCACUGAUGAAAUAUAAGAAUGUGAUGGUAAACAGACUAAGCCAUAUCCAGCUGUUCCCUUAAACCGAUGACGGACUAAUGUGUUGUUUUUAAAAAGUAUACUGAAAUGAUUUUUAACAUGCAACCAUUUUGUUUUUGUUCUUUCAGAUCGUUCUGAUUUUCUUUCAAGUCACAAAUCAAAAAUAAUCAUUCUGAAAAGAUAAAGUUGAUUGCUGAUGUGCUUACUGUCCAAGCGUGGGUGGGGUGGGGGGGCCGGUCGGUCUGUGGGGUUGAUAUAAACAGUACAUUGUUAAACCAUUUUGUGCAUAAUGAUUUUUUUUUUUUUUUUUUUUUAUCAUAACCCACUGUAUAAUAGCAAGGAUUGUAUAUAAAACUGAAGAGAUGUAAAUAUUUAUGUGGCUUGCUUCAAGGUUGGUAUUCAGAAGAAAAAAAAAAAAAGAAAUAUUCACAUGGUUAAAUUCUACAUGCCCACCAGCAAGCUCUGUGGAUAGCAGUGUAAAAAUGAAAAACAAAAAAGACACUGCCUUAAUGUUUAAAUAAAAAGCUUAUUGCCAUUAA